UUAAGCUUUGCAAUCGCACGCUUAUAUGUUGAUUAUUCAUUAAAACCUGGAUCGAAAUUAAAAGUUAUACAUAUGGUCAACCAAUUAAAACGAUCGGCUAUCAAAUCGAUGAAACAGAAUACAUUAUUUGACAAUGUGACACGUAAAAAUGUUAUAAAAAAACUUCGUACUAUCAUUGAUGUCGUCGGUUUGCCAGAGUUGUUUAUUGUUGAUGAAUAUCUUGAUAAGUAUUAUGGUGUUUAUGGUUCGAUUAAUCAAUUGAUUGCCGAUAAUUAUUGUGAAUCAUAUGCUAAACUGUUAAGCUACUAUAAAUAUCUGAAGAUUCGAUUUAUGAAAAAGGAUGAUAUUAAUAUUGAAGAACUUUAUACUUCUUCACCAUUCAUGAUAAAUGCUUUUUAUAGUCCUUUGACAAACCAUAUCGAAAUAAAACCAACAUUUAUAAGAUCGCCAUUAUUUGAUGCAGAACUGCCGUUUUAUGUUAAUUACGGAAAAAUGGGGUAUGUAAUUGGUCAUGAAAUUACACAUUGUUUCCAAGAUUCACAAUGUUUUAUUGAACAAUAUCGGAAUUACAGUGAACAUUCAUAUGGUCUUUUUGGAAAUAUUUCUACAUUAAAUGAAGAUAUUGCAGAUAAUGGUGGUUUGCGGCUUGCAUACAUGAUAUAUCAAGCUGAAUUGAAACGUAUACAAAACCUUGGAAAGCAACCUGAAUUAUUGCCACGAUUAGUUGCUAAAAAAAUCACAAUUGAUCAAAUAUUUUUUCUAUCAUUAGCUCAGUUAUAUUGUAGGACACUUACACGAGAUCGAUUGCUUAAAUUGUUAAAUAUAGAUCCACAUUCACCAUCAGAAUCUCGUGUAAAUGUAUGUUUUCAAAACUUUGAUAAAUUUGCAGAAAGUUUCAAUUGUUCGAUUGGAUCGCCAAUGAAUCCAGAAAAACGUUGUUUUUUAUUGUGGUGAUCACUAUUCUACUAUUAUAUCGUUUUAUUGGAUUUAACAAUUCUGAUCAUUGCAAGACCAAAGAAAAUAGAAUGUUGUCGUGGUGGCAGGAAAAUCGCCGCUUGUUUAUAACAAUGUGUAUCCGAAAAAUAAUUCAAUU